AUGUCAGAAAAACCGCUACGACGACAGCUAUUUGGUUUACGUACACCACUUGUACCAAGUGUAUCUAUAGCAAGUGUCUUUGGACAAGCAGUAUCAACACUUUAUGAAGACGUAAUGGAUCCAUCGUCUUUUACAGCUCUCCAAUUCCUUGAGACACCUGUACCAGGCACAGAAGAACAUGAUCAAAAAGCACUUGAACAAGCAAAACAAGCAGAAGCUCUACGCAAAAUAUAUACAAGUGAACAAUUUCAACAUAAAGGUAGGCAUCGUGGGGCUAAAAGAAGGUAUACAAAACAACUAACAAAUAUAGCUCUUGGAGAAGCAGUACGAGAGAAUCUUAAGCGAAAUAUUCAAGCACUAGAUGAAGACGAAUGGAUGUUUGUAGCAGAUGAUACCCGACCAGUAUGGCAACAGUAA